UUAGGCCCGGUCCUCUUUAGGAAGUAAACAAACCCUGGACAGCUCAGAGUCAGACUCAAGAGUUAGAUUUACCGGACAAAUUGUUGUGCCGUGAUCGUGUUGCUCAUUGUCAAGGAAAUAACUACAUGACUCUGAACUUGUUCUUGUUGGAUUCAUUACUUAAUUUGAAGUACUUCUUAAGGACAGACAGCAAACAAACAUUUCACAUCUGCAAACAUGAUUCACUGGCUUCAGUGUGUUUAGGUCUUGGGGAAUCUGAGAGAUAAACGGCUGCGUGUAAUACAGCGCAUCAUCAUGUCAAGGAAACAGUCAGGAAAGCCCAUAAAGGGAAACAGGAAAUAUGAAUUAGAGAGGAAGAGAGACGAGCGGGCGGCCCGUCGGGCUCUGGCCAAAGACAAAAAGAACAGACCUCCUGGAGGGGACGAUGGAGAGGAGUUUGUCAGCUUCUCCAACCAGCUUCAGGCUCUGGGUCUCAAACUCCGAGAGGUGCCUGGAGACGGUAACUGUUUGUUCCGAGCUCUCGGAGAUCAGCUGGAGGGACAUUCGCGGGGUCACCUGCAUUUGCGACAGGAGACGGUUCAGUACAUGAUGACGCACAGACAGGACUUCGAGCCCUUCGUUGAAGAUGAAGUGCCAUUCACACAGCAUUUGACAAACCUCUCCCAGCCGGGCAUGUUUGCCGGGAACGAUGCCAUUGUGGCCUUCGCUCGCAGCCAACAGUCGAAAGUGGUUAUUCAUCAGCUGAACGCUCCAUUGUGGGAGAUAAAUGGUACAGAGAAGCCGUCAUGCCGUGAGCUACACAUCGCAUAUCGCUACGGAGACCAUUAUGACAGCGUGAGAAAGAUUGGAGAUAACUCGGAGAGUCCAGCACAUCUACGUAUAGAGAGUCUGAACAAUUCCAGACGCUUUGGAGAGGGUCAGAAGGAUAAGUCGAGAGGCGCCUCUCCCUCGCGCUCUUUCUCUGAAGAUGAAGAGCUGAUCUUGAGCGAUCUCUGUGCCGACAGUCAAUCAGACAAUCUAAGUCAAUCAAACGACGCAUCACAGAUGUGCCUGAGUGAUUGGCUGGAGUCUGAACAGAACAACCAAUCAUCACAGAGAGAUUCGGCUUCAGGGACACGCCCUUUAUGUCAAGCUGAAUGUAGUGAAAUCAUAUCGCCAACAGAGGGCAGCAUCUCACAUAAGCCCAAGCUCUCUAAUAAACAAAGGAAGGAGCAACAGCGUCUAGAAAAGAAGAAACGCCAAGAGGAGAGACAUAAACAGAAGGUUUUACAGGGCAAAGGGUCACAUGACCAGAAUCAGAACGGACCUGAACCCGUCACUCUUGUCCCAGCGCUUAACACCCUGAGCAUCUAGAACAGAUAUGUACCCUGAUCAGGGUUGCUCGGUUUUGGGUGGGCCGUACACUGUGUAAUGAACCAGAAACUUUAAUAGUUUAAAUGUACAGGAACUGUUGAGCGCGUGUUUCUUUAGCAUGAAGAUGGUAUUGAGAUGCACGCUGUGCUUGAGAUCGUUGGCGGUUGAAACAUAGAUUAAUUAACCCUCGUUAAUGUCAGCUGACCCAUCGGAGCUCAGCCGAAGAACACUUGGAAAGGGAUCUGAAAUAUGGAGAGAGAUUAAUGACGGACCACUACUGUAUUUAAACCUGUCGGGGUAUUUUUGAUCCAUUUGUUUAAAAAAACGUUCGGUUCUGCCCCUACUUUCAGUUUUUGAAAGCUACUAAAGAAUAGAGCAUUUAAAUAAUCAUGGGUUAAAAUCUAGCGUUUCAUUUUCAGACAGUUGGGUGACUUCAUAUUCUGCAGAGAAAUCCUAUAAAUAAACUUUUCAAAUGGGA